AAUGUCCCCAAAAGGUCAAAAGCAAUGAUAUUCCUAGCAUUGUGGGAUGUUUGGUCAGCAGCAAGAUAUAAAAAUGUGCCUAGCCAUACACACGUGCACACACACACACACACACACACACACACACACAUAAAUACAUACACACACACACACACACACAUAAAUACAUACACACACACACACACACACACACACACAUACACACACACACACACACACACACUUGAUGCAUCAGGAGAGAGAUGGUUCAAAGGCCCUUACACCGGGGGAGUUUUCCUUCUCUCUAAUAGUCCGAGAGUAAUUCUGCAACUCUCCAUCAGCUCCAGUCCCAAAAAAGGACAUAAAUAAAAGCCGGGCCAGCAGGAGCCUCUGUCAGAGAGGGGAAGUUUAAAGAAGAGAGAGAGAGAGCAAAAGAGAGAGAGAGGCAGAGAUAACAUGUUUUUUUAUUGGCGACACUGUGUUAUCUGUGCAGCACUGAUAUGAAACUUCAGCAUGGGGGAAAUGGUCAAUGCUUGGUUUGCUGAGCGUGUGCAUUCCAUCCAGCCAUCCCGUGAGGUGUCUAGGACACUUACAGACAGCUCGAAAACUCUUCCGGAAGCAAGUUCCCUGACCGCUUCAGGCACCACAGAGACUCCUUCACCCAGUCCGGUUCCUUCUACACCCACACGCAAGAUCUCGGCAUCCGAGUUCGAUCGGCCGCUACGGCCUAUCGUGGUGAAGGACGCAGAAGGCUCGCUCACCUUCCUCGGCGACGCAGAACCGGUACCCAUGCCACCUCCGGCUCCUUCGCACAAGCUGGAGCGGACAGGGGGGGACCGUUGCGCCCGACUUCUCGAGCUUGUGCGGGAUGUGUCCAGCCACUUAGACCUGACAGCACUCUGCCACCGCAUCUUUUUACACACACACGAGCUAAUCGCGGCUGACCGCUACUCGCUGUUCUUGGUGUGUGAGGACAGCUCCAACCGAAAGUUUCUGGUCAGCCGGCUGUUUGAUGUUGCUGAAGGCUCCACACUCGAGGAAGCAUCCAACAGUGGCAUCCGCCUGGAAUGGAACAAAGGCAUUGUGGGACACGUUGCAGCCACAGGCCAGCCGCUGAACAUUAAGAACGCCUAUGAGGAUCCUCGAUUCAAUGCAGAGGUGGACCAGAUCACAGGCUACAAGACACAGAGCAUCCUGUGUAUGCCCAUAAAAAAUCACAGAGAUGAGGUUGUUGGUGUGGCACAAGCAAUAAAUAAGAGGUGUGGAGAGAACAGCACCUUCACAGAACAAGAUGAGAAGGACUUUUCCUCCUACUUGGCUUUCUCUGGGAUUGUUCUACACAAUGCACAACUCUAUGAGACAUCACAGCUUGAGAACAGGAGGAAUCGGGUGUUGUUAGAUCUGGCCAGUCUUAUUUUCGAAGAACAGCAGUCUUUGGAAGUCCUCCUGAGGAAGAUCGCAGCCACCAUCUUGUCUUUCAUGCAGGCUCAGGAAUGCACUAUUUUCAUUUCUGAUGAUGAAACAUCGAAUGCUUUCUCCAGUGUGUUCCACAUGGAGUAUGAAGAGCUAUCAGGAUCUGUGGACUUCCCUAACAGAGACAGUGAUGUAAGUAAGAUCAACUACAUGUAUGCUCAGUAUGUGAAGAACACCAUGGAGCCACUGAACAUUCCUGAUGUCACAAACCUGAUGUCUGAUCAGCGAUUUCCUUGGACUAGUGAGAACCCAGACUCCCCAACCUACAAUGUGAAGAGUUUGUUGUGCACACCAAUUAGGAAUGGGAAGAAGGAUAAAGUUAUAGGUGUUUGCCAGUUGGUCAACAAGAUGGAUGAAUCUAUGGGUGAGGUGAAGGCAUUUAAUCGGAACGAUGAGCAGUUUCUAGAGGCCUUUGCCAUAUUUUGUGGGCUUGGCAUCCAGAACACUCAGAUGUACGAGACUGUGGAGAGGGCCAUGGCCAAGCAGGAAGUCACCCUUGAGGUUCUCUCUUAUCAUGCCUCCGCUGGGGAGGAGGAGACGCGGGCGCUCGAGGUAACUGCGGCAGCCACUAUUCCCUCAGCUCAGUCUCUGAGGAUACUAGAGUUCAGCUUCAGUGACUUUGAUCUGUCUGAAGCCGAGACCACCCAGGCCACUAUCCGCAUGUUUGUGGACCUCAAGCUUGUGCAGAACUUUCAGAUGAAGUACAAGAGUCUGUGUCAGUGGAUCCUGAGUGUGAAGAAGAACUACAGAAAGAAUGUGGCCUACCAUAACUGGCGGCAUGCCUUCAACACAUCUCAGUGCAUGUUUGCCAUACUCAAAUCUGGGAGGCUACAGAACAAUCUAAAUGAUAUGGAGAUACUGGCCAUGAUGAUUGCGACUCUGUGUCACGAUUUGGACCAUAGAGGUGUCAACAACUCGUUCAUCAAGAGGAGUGACCAUCCUCUAGCUCAGCUCUACUGCCACUCCAUUAUGGAGCAUCACCACUUCGACCAGUGCCUCAUGAUCCUCAACAGUCCAGGCAGUCAAAUUCUAAGCAGUCUUUCACUGGACGAGUAUAAAACUACACUGAAGAUGAUUGAAAAAGCUAUCUUGGCCACUGACCUGGCCCUCUACAUGAAGAAACGAACAGAGUUCUUUGAACUAGCAAAGAACAACCAGUUUAAUUGGGAGGACGAUUGUCACAGAGACUUGCUAAGGUCCAUGCUUAUGACUGCAUGUGAUAUCUCUGCCAUUACCAAACCCUGGCCUGUACAAAAGAGGAUAGCUGAGCUUGUUGCCACAGAAUUCUUUGAGCAAGGGGACAAGGAAAGAGAAGAGCUGAACAUUGAACCUAUUGAUCUGAUGAACAGAGAGAAGCGUGAUAAGAUUCCCAGCAUGCAAGUGUCUUUCAUCGAUGCCAUUUGCGUACAGUUGUACGAGACACUGGCCAGUAUGUCGGAUUUCUGCUCCCCUCUACUGGAAGGCUGCAGGAAGAACAGGCAGAACUGGAAGCUGCUUGCUGAACAGGCUGAGGAGGCGGGUUUACUGAAUGGAGGACUAUAAACGGCUUAUCCCAGUCAGCACAAGAUAAAGUUUACCCCUUUCCCUUGGUCCUUCUUCAUACCGUACACCACACACUGAAGCUUUAAGCACAGAAUUAUUUCCAGUCAUGAUUCCUUCUAUGAGGAGUUCACCAACCACUAUGGAGCAAAAUGUAAUUUUACCUUUGGGAUGUAGCUGAAUCAUAUUGGUUCCAUGUAGCUUUGAGGGGGUGGGGGGUAGAGGGUGUUUCGGACACAACACUAAAGCAAUAUGGUCUAAAGUACACACAUAUUCUGCGUCACCAUUAUGUGUUUGUUACGUUUAAAAAAAUAAUCACACAAGCUGUUGUUUCCUGUGAAGAAGAGGAGUGAUAACAGUUAUGUUUUAUGUUUAUAUCAGCUUUGGAAGUUAAUAGUUUCUGCCUGUCUUGUUAUUGAAACUCAUGCUUUCAGGAAUGAGUCUAACUCGGCAUUUAACAGCGAAUGCUUCCCUCUAAAGUCAUUGAUUGGGUUGGUAAAAUAGCUAUGAAUUGAUUGGAGCUUUUUAGGUAAUCCUAGAAUAAAGGAGCUAGUGGGUGGGUGGGGGGGGGGGGGAAUUGGGAUUAUGAUCUUUUAAUAAUCACUUGAAACCCUGCAUAGCGUCUAUGCGAGGACAUUUAUACAAAGUUUUAUUUAUUGUUUUAGUCCCAUGUCAGGGUUUUCUGUAGCUCACUCACUGUAAUGAAGAAGCAAAGGCACAAAGGAAAUAAUUUAUUCAUCACUACAGUGCACCAUACAAUUAAGCUAAUAUACUCAACUUCCAAGGAACACACCCACUUCAGAUAUGUAGAAGAAUGUCAUUUCCCCCACACACACACUGUGUUACUGUUUUCACCUGUCGUUUGUAUAUUUAUUAACUUUCUAUUAUGUUGUGAGAACUUGGUUACUUGACAUGUAACUCUUGCGUAAACAUAAAGAAGGAAGAAAUAUAUUUAAUUGUUCACAAAUAUUUGUGUCCUUUAUUCGAGUUUUCAGAUGUAUUGGGAAUAUAAUUGGAAAGCGUGUUUUCUGACUACUGAAACUAAAACAUUUGAUUCUAAGGUAUUAUCUGUCCAGAAGGCAUAUGGCAUAUUCACAUGAAACCACCUUGAAGUCUAUUCCUGAGUUUUAUCUGUGUCGGGAACAUGCAUAGGUCAGUUGGUAUUUUACUCCCUGCCAUUUUUACGGAAUCUAAUCUUUUCAGGGUCUGUGAUAUACCUAGGCCCUAUAUCACUAGGUAUAUAUUCAUAUUCCAAAUAUGACCUCUGGUGGUUGUUUUCAGCUUUGUAGCAUUUCCUCUUGCUCCAAAACUGAUGUUCUUAACUUGUUCAAACUAGUGGUCAACCGAUCGAUCAGCAUGUCCAGUUAACUAGCUUAAUAUAAUGUAAACGAUUAAUAAAAGUGCUUGAGCUCCUUCUUUUGUCCAUCUGGCAAUCACAUGAUGCCUUCAGUAUGCAAAUAAAAUGCCCCAGAGAAAGCACUGGUGUUGGAACCAAACACCUUUGGGAUGAGUUGGCAGAAAUUCCCACAGCCAUGUACCAAAAUCUAGAGGAAGCCUUCCCAGCAGAGUGGAGGCUGUUAUAAUAACAAAGAGGGGAACCGUAUUUGGAAUGGGAUGUUCAACAAGCACAAGGGUAUGUACUGUAUGAUGGUCAGGUGUCCACAUACUUUUGGCGAUAUGCUGUGUUUUAUAUUUGUCACAGGAUACAGAAACAUGCAUAGGUCAGAGGGUAUUUCACUAACUGCCACUAUUACAAAAUGCAUACACUUUCAUAGUUUUUAGCUUUGUAGUGUUUCGUCUUGCUCCAGAACUGAUGUUCUAAAUACCCAACAACAUUCAAAUGGGUAAAGGUCUUUAAAGCUGAUUCAGACACACCAGAAUUAUCAUUUCAAACCAGAGCAUAAUAAACAAGAAUGAAAUUCAUAACUGCCUCUACUGAUUUUGUACGCUUCAAAUAAAUGUUUCAGUGUUCUAUUU